GUAAAUAGUUGCACGGUCAAAUGUGAACGUUGUUUGUAACAUUUUAUCAUUACUUUUUUUUUUUAGUUCGUGUGCACCGACUGGUGCUUGAGGCCAGGACUCAGAAAGAACCUCGGCUACUCAUGCAAGGAGCUGUCUGCGGAAUUAGGUUUCCAGUCCUCAGAUCUUUGUGUGGUUUCCUCUUCUCCAGUGCUUUCGAAAUGAGUAUCAGAUUAGGAAGAGUGAUCAGUGAGAUCCACGCGGAGCUUUCGAACUGAAAAUCGGACUAGGAAUUGUAAUCAGUGAGAUCCACGCGGAGCUGUCGAACUGAAUAGUGUAAUCAGUGAGAUCCACGCGGAGCUGUCGAACUGAAUAGUGUGAUCAGUGAGAUCCACGCAGACAAACGUGCUAUAGGAAACCCAUCCGCCUCCACGAUUUCCACUAGAAUUUUCCCACGUUACCCUUAAACCGAACGUCCGCAAAAGCUCAAUGGAGGUUCAAACUUCAGACCGGGGUGGACUGCUCCUCAUCGAAUCACCCCUGGGGCUGAUCGGCGAAGAGGUCAUGACCUGGCUCCAAUAUAUCGGCCAGGCUCUCCCGGUCUUGACGCUUCUGGGCAUCAUUACCAACACGAUGAACCUGUUCGUCUACACCCGACUCGGCUUCAACAACGCCGCCAAUGUCAGCUUCUGUGCGCUGUCCGCUUCGAGCCUUUGCUGCCUGCUCGUCUAUUUUUACUCGCUGGUCUUGAUCUACGUCAACUUGACGUGGACGCCUCCGACGGUGUCCUUGACCGACCUGAACUACGUGACGUCGUGGUACUACCGGAUGUUUUACGACAUCUCCGUCGUCAUGACAACGUUCAUCGCGAUUCAGAGAGGUUGCUGCGUGGCGUUUCCGUUUUAUUUCAAAGAUUUCUUCACGCUCGUGCGCGUGGCCUGGUCCAUAUUAGGGAUCUGUCUGCUCGGACUCGUCUGCUACAUGCCCGUUUUCACCACAGCUGUUAUGGCAAGCGCACAAAACUCGAUGACGAACUCAACGAAAACGAGGCUCAUUUUUCAAAACGGAGGACGGGAAGCCGUCGCCGUUGUGGACGUCCUCAAGAAAUUCGUACUCACUUUCGCUGCUGAAUUUCUGGGAGUCUGCUCUAUGACGGCCAUACAGCUCGGGAUGCAGGCGGCUUCUCAGUUCAAAAGGGGUGGGGCUCCGGUUUUCGUCCGUAAGAAACACGUCAACGGAAACGAUGACGUAGUAUCACAAGAUCACCACCCCGCCCGUGGGCUGGACAACCCGCACACGCGUGCCAGAGAACUUCGCGUGGUCAAACAGGUGAUGGUCGUCACGGCCCUGUUCGUCACGUGCAACACGCCCCAGAUGGUGGCGUCGGUGGUGGCCCGCGUCGUGCCCGGCGUGGACAUCGACGGGCGGAACAGGAACCUGUUCUGGUUGAUGUACACGGUCGUCAACAUCUUUGAGCUGUUCAACAGCUCGGCGAACUUUUUCAUCUACUACGCGUUCAACACCAGAUUCAGAGAAACGGUACACCCGACAUGCUGCAGCAAGUAGAGGCCUAAUGCUCGAAACUUCCAAUGUUCAAGGUGGUAUUCUUUUGUUACAUUUUGUUUAAAGGGUUUGGAAGCCAGUGUGGCACUGGCCGAUCCUAAAAGAUAGUGAUUAGUACGAGUUGUUUGCUGAACCUUAUAGGGCACAUGAGAUGAAUAGCAUUUUAACAGAGCUUAUACUUACACAACCCAUAAAAGCAACGUUUUUCGUUUAAAUCCAUUAUAUGCAUUGUUCAUUAUUUUAGUUUACAUUAAUAUUCUAAUGUCCCAACGAGCUCUUACACCGCAGAUGUAUUUCAG